AUGGUGGUCUCGAUUCAUGCCGUCGCUGAUACCCUAACCUUCAUCAGAAUGACUUGCCAUAAUAGAAAAGAUCCCAAUAUCGUAUCUAAUUCAGCAGAGCAAAGGAAAAGGCGUCGCGUCGAGAGGAGGUUUGUCAAACAGGUGGCAUUACAAGGAGUGGUAUUCGUUACUGAGCUGGUUUCAUACUUUUACGUCGACGACUUCUUCCCUCUCACCAAAAAAGACGACUUGGAACGUGAUCCAAACAGAUGGCCGAACUUCCUGUGCACCACCUUUGCAUGGAUACUGGUGCCUUUAUUCGAUGGGUAG